AUGACGACGCAGCUUCUGGCCACGGAGCUAGCUAAUCUCAUUCAGGAGAGCAAGAGGAAGCAUAAUGACCUUCGACAAGCGGCCGAAAGAUCUUUAGAAGAGCUGAAGAGCCUUGGCAAUGUCCCCGAAACGGCAGCUCCUGAGUUGCUCUCGCAAAAGCCCAGCUUUGUGAAUCCCUUCAUCAUCGCGUGUGGCACCAAGAAUGCAAAGUUCACCGGCAUUGCAAUCGUCUGUCUGCAGAGGCUUAUCGUUGCGAAGGCGCUGCCCAGAUCGAAGCUCAACCAGGUCCUAGAGGCGCUGAUGCAAGCGUCCUCGGCCGGGCUUGACGUGCAGUUAAAGAUUUUGCAGGCGUUGCCUUCGCUGUUGCAAAACUACUCCUCAGAUUUGAAUGGCAAUCUUCUUGUAACUGCUCUGAAUAUCUGCUUCAUCCUGCAAAGUAGCAAGAAUGCCAUUGUGAAUAAUACCUCAGCUGCCACUCUCCAGCAGCUUGUCGUUUCGGUAUUUGACAAAGUAGUCGCUGAAGAUAAGAAUGGCGGCGAUGCCCCUAUUGCAGGCGAGGCGCCAUCAGCCGACGGCAAAGUAGAACUCCGCGCAGCCGCAUUAGAUGCGUACCGUAUAUUCAACGACCUGUGUCUCUUGACAGAAAACCAGCGGUCCGAAUUCCUGCGUUUCUCGGGAUUACAGCAAACAUUUGGAUUAGAGCUCAUUGAGUCGGUUAUCACGAAUCAUGCGAGCGUCUUCCUCACCCAUCCUGAACAAGCUCACAUUCUUCGUGACCGCGUGAUGCCUCUUCUGAUGAGUGCACUCAAAGGCAAGCCCUCAUUCGCCACAACUGUGAGGCUCGUCCGCAUCCUCUAUACCUUGUUGCGCCGCCAUAUCAGCAUCUUACCUUCAGAGUGCGGCGAUGCACUAUCACUUCUUACAACUCUCUUGGACCAAGAUACCACCAUCUGGAAGCGUGCGUUAUGCAUGGAGGUAUUCCGUGGCAUAUUUGCCGAACACGCUCUCGUGCGUCGCAUAUUCACCAUGUACGACGCAAAAGAGGGCGAGAAGGACAUCGUUAAAACACUUAUUGCGACUUUUGUACGGCUCAGCACCGAGAAGCCGGCAGUCAUCGGCUUAGGCCAUCAGUCUUCAAUACCAAUCGCGGAUCCAUCUGGUGGCUCUGGCUUGUCUACGGACCAGGCAUUGAUUGAAGCUACUAGUGUUACUGGAAUCAUCAGCGGCUCUAUUGGGUCAGAGAUCUCCAAUAUAGGCAUCAGCGUAACAUGGAGCUCUGUUCGAGUUCCCUGUAUAGAUCAACUGGAUAAAGCCGAGGCGCCAACGAUUCCUGAGUCGUACAUUUACAGUUUGAUAUUGGCAUGCCUCUCGUCUCUUUCAGAUGGGCUUGCCAAGUUUAUUCUACCGCUCACAGUUCCUAAUGAGAAUCGAGCUCGGAAAAAGGCCUCAAAACAGGAUAUGGGGCGUAGCUCGCCUGCUCCGUCCCAGCUGGAAGCCGAAGGUCCAUCUCACGGAGGAGCGCGAGAACGGUCAGCUUCAUUUAAGAAGAACCCUGUACCAAUCAAUCCAUUGGAGCUGGAAGACCAUCCUGCCUAUUCCGAAGUCAAGGUCUGCUCUGACAUCGUCAACAAGUGUUGGCCUGCUAUAUUGGCUACUUGCUCAACCUUUCUAUAUGCUGCUCUGGAUUCGGAGUAUUACCACGGCUUGGUUCGCGCAUUUCAGAGAUUUGCCCAUGUGGCAGGCUUAUUGCAGCUCCCAACGCCACGAGAUGCGUUUUUAUCUACGCUUGGAAAAGCUGCAGUACCUCCAAAUGUUUUAAGUGCGUGUGUCAAUGCUGGUCAGUCACGAUCUACAGCCACUACUCCGACGGAAACAUCAAGCAGCGUUUUCAGCAAUGCUCGAGGCCUCUUGAGCGUCGAAAAUCUGUCGCAAGUGUCCAGCCCUACGGAAAGACAGCGUCAAGGUCCUGUUGAUGCAUCCAUUACUCUAAACACACGGAACCUCCUCUGCUUGCGAGCCCUGCUUAAUCUCGGCAUUGCUCUUGGUCCAACACUUGGGCUUGCCUGGGGUAUCAUACUUGAGACCUUACAACAGGCUGACUUUGUGCUCUAUGUUACUGGAAAGGCUCCCGGGAGAACUCAAUCUCUGGGCCGUGGCGGGCAGGACUAUCAAAGUGAAUCAGACGCAAACUCACUCAUGGCCAAUUUUGGCAGCGAAGUCCGAUCUGUUGAAACAGCCGCGUCCAGACUGAUUGAAAGCAGUGUUGACUUCCCCAAUGAGUCAUUCGUCGAAGUGGUUCAAGCUAUAUGCGGCUUGCUACCAGAUGAAGGCGAGGUAAAGCCUAACGCCGACGACAAGGAGACAUCGCGGCAGAGCCAUGCGAGAAGCUCAUCUGGUCAGCAUCGGCGAGUACUCAGCUUCUCUGGCCAGUCGACAGCAUCCAAUCAAGAACUCCAGUUUGCGCUAGCAAAAAUGGGGGAGAUUGCCAUGAUUAACCUUGAACGGCUGUUGGCAUACGAUCCGACAGAAUCAGGCUGGGACCUAUUGGUGCACAAGCUGAUUCAGAUGUUAGACUCAAGUGUUAUUAGUCCAUCAGUCAGAACGAGAGCCUCUGAGAUACUUGCAAAGCUAGUGCUCGAAGCAGCUAAUGCUGCAGGUACCCUCCCUCCCGACAUUCGCGGAGCGAUUCAACUUCGGCUAUUCGGUGCCCUUCGAGACUCGCUGAAACCUUUACAGAAGGGUGGCCGGGACAUCUCUGUUUCAAAUGCAACGACGGAUAUUGAGAUUCAUAGAAUUAUUCUUGAUGGUUUGCGAGGCGUUAUUGAGGACUGCGGGCAAACUCUUGUCAGCGGCUGGGACGUCACGUUUGACAUUAUUGGAAGCGUUUUUACAGCAAGAGAAAUUGAUUUGGGAGAUCAUGAAUCAACCAUCAGUGCUCGAAACCUCGGUACACGAUCGUCAAAGCUUGUGCGAUCUUCCUUUAGCUCACUUCAACUGAUAUGCUCGGAUUUUCUACCUUCAUUACCUAACUCCUGCUUCUUAAUUUUGGUUGAUACGCUCUACAAAUUCUGCUCCCAAGACGACGAUCUCAAUAUUGCACUGACGACUGUGACCUUUUUCUGGGCUCUUUCCGACUUUCUAUCCGGCAAGGAUAAGUCGCUUGACAUUACGAUUGACUUAUUCCAAGCCGCCGAUGUCGACGCGCUGGAGCGCCUAGCAGCAGAUCAUGGCGGCCAAGGAUCAGACGCAGCGUUGUGGAUGCUAUUGCUGUUAAGGCUCACGGCUGUCGCUUCUGAUGACAGAGUUGAACUUCGUAACACGGCUAUUCAAACACUUCUCCGUAUCUUUGAUGCUUAUGGGGAGAGGCUCAGCCCUGAAGCAUGGUCAAUAUGCAUCAAAUCUGUGGUUUUCAAGCUAUUGGCUUCACUUGAAGGAGAGUUAAAGACCACCCAGGAUGAAGAAGUAGACGAAACCGAUCGGGUAGAGUGGCACGAUACUGCAGUCGUUGUGCUGAAUGGCAUAUCAACUUUGCUCGGAAACAACCUUGAAGUACUUACAGCACACUCAUCUUUCAACGAGCUCUGGAAUAAGCUGCUUGAGCAUCUGGCUACAUUACUUGAUUUUAAGGUUCUUGAUAUCAAUACCGCAACUUUCAAAGCAUUAAGUCAUGUGCUUUCUCAGUCAGGAAGCGAAGAGAAGCCUGUCUUCAACGAGACAACUGUCAGGUUCGCCUGGGACUUGUGGUCCCGAGGUAUCCCAAUCACAAAAUCUCCCAGUGGGAAAGCUCAGGACAACCAAAACUGUCUAACCGCCUACGUGGCCGCUCUUCGUGAGGUGUACAGGCUGAUCAAGUCUGAUAUAACGGUAGAGAGAGUCCAGCGUAUCCUUGGCUUAUUGCGCCAUACCGUUGAGGAAGCUUCUGUGGGAAGUUAUGCUACAGAUAUUGACAAUCUGACGCAGCUUCAGGCACAGGUAUUGGAUGCUGUGAAAAUGAUUCGAACUGACAUUAGUGGCGUUCCAUCGGCAUUGAUCAAGCAGGUUUCCGAGUUUGUAACUUUGGCAUAUGACCAAUAUUAUGAAGCUCAGCCUCCGUCAAAAAGGACUUACGUUGCAAUGUCGAAAACCAGUAUGCAAAUGCUGGAGGGCCUCGUGGUGAGCCACUCGACCGACACUGAUAUAUACACAAGCGGAGCAGUCAGCGCAGCUCUAUCUGCUCUCCUCAGACCUAUUGCUCUCAAAUAUCAGUUCCCUAUUACUACAAGGACAGUCCAGCCCUGGAAGCUGGCGACAUCGACAGUCUUGACAAUCGCCGAAGCGACUCUGUCAAAGCUUGAUGAUCUAGACAUACCCACAGAUACCAUUCAAGGCAUUUGGCAGCUUAUUGCCGAGAUUGCGGAUGGUAUUCUAAGCGCAGAUUGCGACAAUCCACCACCUGGCACAAGCGUUGCAGAAGAUGAAGCGGCAGAUAUUGCAUGGUUCCACAAGUUGGUAGAACUGGUCAUCCCGUCAAUGGGGUCAGAAAAGGUGAAGGAGGAGACUCGAAGCGCAUAUACUAGAAGUCUAUUCAAGACAUCAAUCAUUCACGAACCUCCAUCGACGGACAAGGUCAUCAUUCAAGACGGAGGAGCCGGCCUGCCAAAGUUGUACCAGCCACGAGCCGGACUGACAACUUCCGUCCCACCGACGCAGCGUACAAAGAUGGCCUACGUCGUGUUUGAAGAGCUCUUCUUGCUCAUUUCAACAGACGAGCCCGCUGCCCAUAAGCCAUCUGCUGCCAAGGCCAUGGAGGAUCAUUCUGCUUCAAGAACCCGCAUAGCGUGUACCGCAGCCCCAUUUCUAAUUCUGCGCUGCGCGUUGACCCUUCGCGCUUAUGUAUCUGAUCAGCCGCUUCGAGGUAAAAUGCCGCAGCCACUGAGCCAGAGGAAGGAAUUGCUCUGGACGUUGCAAAAGCUGGUUGGUUUGCAGAGCCAGAGCGAGGCGAUACCUCCUCUUGAAAAGGCACAAAGCGAUGUCAGAAAGCACUUGCUGAGGUUGUACCCCUUGAUUGUGAAGGCCCUGAGGGUGCAGGGCGAUGAAAAGGUCCUGUCUCUUCUGAGGGAGGCUUUAGAUGUUAUUGGGGGCGAGUUUGGGGUUGUUUAG